AUGGCAACGACAGCGGCAUCAGCCACAGUGGCAGUUCCUGCUGCCACUCCCUUGCAGCAGCAACAGCAACAGCAGCAGAAGCAGCAGCAGCAGCAGCAGCAGCAGCAGCAGCAGCAACUGCAGCAGCAGCAGCAGCUUUGUCUGUUUCCCGACCUUAUAGACGGCCAGCAGCUGGUGGCUUUUGCUCCCAACAAGCAGCAGCAGCAGCAAGAGCAGCAGCUGCAGCAGCAAGAGCAGCAGCAGCAACAGCAGCAAAAGCAGCGGCAGCAGCAGCGUAGCUGCGGCCGUGAGCAGCAGGCGCAACGCAGCGCCAACGCAGCAGCAGCAGCAGCAGCACUCCUCCAGCAGAAACAGCAAGGACAGCAGCAGCAGCAGCAGCAGGAACAACAACAGCAUCAGCAAGAACAGCAGCAGCAGUGGCAGCAGCAGCAGCAGCAGCAAGAGCGGCAGCAGCAGCACCAGCAGCAAGAAUAA